AUGGGAGCAACCGGUUUGCAUGCCGCGACCGCGACCGCGAAGAUGGACCCUGCGCACCUGCACCGCAUGUUGGAGCUUGGCGGCGUACCCGCCGCGACGCUGGCCGAACGGUACGGCACCCCGCUGUACGUCUACGAGGAGGAGCGCAUCCGCUCCGCGUUCCAAACGCUGACGCGAGCGUUCGCCGUGGACGACCUGCGCAUCCACUACCCGUGA